AUCGUCCGGCAGGUUUCGCAGAUCAAGUUCGUCUUCUGAGCUUUCUGCUUGUAUGUCUGUCGGUCUGUCCAGAAACAUGGCGUCUAAGAUGUCUAAACGUUUUUACCGAUUGGAAGGAAUAGAUGAUCUUGUAAUGGACAGGGGGGAGAGCGCGUCCAUUGAAAAUAGAUGGGUUUUCGAAAUAUCAUGGGAAGUUGUUAAUAAAGUUGGAGGAAUUUACACUGUUAUAAGAUCAAAAGCUGGAAUCAGUACAGAAGAACUUGGUGAUCAGUAUUGUCUUUUCGGACCUUAUAAUGAGCCUAUGGUUCGAACAGAAGUUGAAUGUAUUGAACCUACUGAAGUAUAUUUUAGGAAUGCUAUACAAUUGUUCAAGAACAUGGGAAUUAGGGUAGUCCAUGGACGUUGGUUAAUAGAUGGUUAUCCUAGAGUUCUCUUAUUUGAUAUUGGUUCAGCAGCAUGGAAGUUAGAUGAAUGGAAGCAUGAAUUAUGGAAUAUAUGCAACAUUGGGGUACCAUGGCAUGAUAGAGAAUCUAAUGAUGCCAUUAUCUUUGGUAAUCUUGUUUGCAUGUUUUUAGAAGAGUUCUAUAAGCAAGUUGAUGCAGAAAGAGAGAAGCCUUAUGUUGUUGCCCAUUUUCAUGAGUGGUUGGCAGGUAUCGGUCUGAUUUUAUGUCGAACUCGUCAUUUAGAUAUUUCUACUGUUUUUACUACCCAUGCCACCCUCCUUGGUCGAUAUCUUUGUGCUGCUAAUUUAGAUUUCUAUAAUAAUUUAGACAAGUUUAAUCUUGAUAAAGAAGCUGGUGACAGAGGCAUAUAUCAUAGAUACUGCAUGGAAAGAGCAGCUGCCCAUAGUUCUCACAUAUUCACCACUGUUUCAGAAAUAACGUCACUGGAAGCUGAACAUUUACUUAAACGCAAACCUGAUAUUAUAACUCCAAAUGGUCUGAAUGUAAAGAAAUUUAGUGCAAUUCAUGAAUUUCAAAAUUUACAUGCUUUAGCUAAAGAGAAAAUACAUGAUUUUAUAAGAGGCCAUUUUUAUGGACAUUAUGACUUUGAUCUGGAUAAAACUUUAUAUUUCUUCAUAGCAGGACGAUACGAAUUUUCAAAUAAAGGAGCAGAUUUAUUUAUUGAAUCUUUGUCAAGAUUGAAUCAUUAUCUAAAGACUUCUAGAAAUGAUCUGACAGUAGUGGCUUUUCUCAUUUUCCCAGCACGCACUAACAAUUAUAAUGUUGAUUCACUUCGUGGACAAGCCAUUGCUAAGCAAUUGAGAGACACAGUUCAUGAUAUUCAAUCUAAAAUUGGAAAGCGAAUGUUUGAAAUUUGUCUCAGUGGCAAAAUUCCAUCAGGUGAACAGUUAAUAGUUUCAGAUGAUGUUGUGAAAUUAAAACGUUGUAUAUAUGCUUCUCAGAGAACGAGUCUUCCACCAAUUUGCACUCACAAUAUGAUUGAUGAUAGUACUGAUCCUGUAUUAGGCCAUGUUCGAAGAUGUCAAUUAUUUAAUAAUCGCCAUGAUAGAGUAAAAAUUAUAUUUCACCCGGAAUUUCUCUCAUCAACCAAUCCAUUAUUUAGUAUGGAUUAUGAAGAAUUUGUUAGAGGUUGCCAUUUGGGAGUCUUUCCAUCUUAUUAUGAACCAUGGGGAUACACUCCUGCUGAAUGUACUGUGAUGGGCAUACCCAGUGUUACAACAAACCUUUCUGGUUUCGGAUGCUUUAUUGCCGAACACGUCGCCGAUCCCAUGUCUUAUGGAAUAUAUAUAAUUGACAGACGAUUUAAAGGUCCUGAAGAAUCUGUUCAACAGUUAGCUCAAAAUAUGUUUGAUUUUACUUGUUUAUCCAGAAGGCAAAGAAUAAUUCAAAGGAACAGAACUGAACGUUUAAGUGAUCUGUUGGAUUGGAGAAAUUUAGGAGUGUAUUAUCGCAAAGCGAGACAAAUGGCUCUUCAUAAAACUCAUCCAGAGAUCCAGGAAAUAAUAAUGGAGAAGCAACUCCAAAUGAGAUAUCCUCGACCAGUAUCGGAGCCGCCUUCACCUCUCAGUUCUCGUGCCUCCACUCCGGCUCCCUCGGAACAUGGAAGUGAAGACGAACAGUCAGACGAGGAACAGAGUCCUAUUGAGGAAAAUGAAACUGAAAAUGAAAGAUGAUGAAGUUAAAUGGUAGACAAGGUGGUAACAGAUGUUGAUAGAUAAUUAGUAGACUUCUUCCAUCAUGUUUCCAUAAUUUUUCUUAAAUAAUGUUGCCAUUGGUCAAAUUAGGUUUGAGAAUAAGUUACUUAAAUGCACAAAUUGCAAAUGUAGAUUUUAAAAGUAUAUGUUUAAAAAAAAUUUAGCGAACGAAGUUUUAAAUCCAGGGAAUUUGCGGCAUAUUUAUAUACAAUGCAAUCUGUACAGCUUAAGUUCAAUGUGGUUAAUUGUUUUCCUUUACAUUGAUAUUUACAAAUUAACAAACUUUUCCUUCUGUAUACUUAGAUAUUUGCAAUAAUUGUGUCAAAAAGUUUUUAUUGCUCAAUUUACUGAUUUUGAAAUUGUGGCCAUACUUAAAAAUUUAGUUUUUGUACACCCACGUUACAAAUCAUGUACAAAUCCCCAUAAUCAGUAUUUUCGGAGAUUACAAAUCGUGUUCUUUAAAAAAAGUCUUAAAAUAUUUUAACAUAAUUUAUUAUUGCUA